AUGUUGCGACAAGACUACAACAGGAUCGACCCUAAGCGGCGCAAUGUCGUCGACCACCGCAAGAAGCAGUUCGCUUCACCCGCCUAUAAAGAAAUCGAGUACCCCCACCGCCUAAACUUCUAUGCCGACGCGCCCACCGCCGAUAUCACAUUGGAGCAGUUUGAGCAAUGGGCUAUCGAUCGCCUGAGGAUCCUUGCCGAACUGGAAGCCUGCGCCUUCCGCAACAAAUCCCCCCAAGAGAUCGCAACCCACAUGAAGCCGCUGCUCGAUAAAUACCUGCCCCUCGAAUCGAACAGCUCUCACUCGCCGAAGCUCUUUGCCCAGCGUCAAAAAGACCACUACAGCCAUUUCAUUCUUCGUCUGGCCUUUGCCCGGACAGAGGAUCUGCGCCGCCGUUUUGUCCGCGUCGAGACCAUGCUCUUCCGUCUACGACUGAACAGCGAUGAUCUGAGCGAGCGGGCCGCCUUCAUUAGCAGCCUUGAUCUCGACUGGUGGGAGACGGUCACAGAAGACGAGAAGCGCGAGUAUGCGGCAGAGCUGGCCUCCAUGUCGCGUCCAUGGGGCAAAAACGCAAUGGAGGACGACAACUGGUUCAAGGUCGACUGGGACCGUGUGCCGGAGUUGGUGGAACAGCGCAAGGUGUUCUUGAAGGCAGGCAAGGCGUUUGUACCCGGAAGGGAACAGGCCAGCAUGGUUGUUGGCGAGUUUGUCUCAAGGUUAGAACGACAACUUGAGCUCACGGCUCGCGCACUCCCCCGCCUCGACGAGGACGAUCGCCUCACACCGAUCCUCGACCAUCUCUCCAAGAACUUCAUCACACCAGACAGCUCCUACAGCUCCAACACGGGCGCCCCUGUCGGUGCCGAGAUCACCGCUCGCAACAUUGACAACCUCGCCCAGCACUUCCCGGCAUGCAUGUCGCACCUCCACCGCUCCCUACGUCGGGAUGCCCACUUGAAGCACUACGGCCGUCUGCAGUACUCCCUGUUCCUCAAGGGCAUCGGCUUGAACCUCGAGGAGUGUUUGGUGUUCUGGCGCCAGAGCUUCCGCAACAUCACCGACGACACCUUCAACAAAGAGUACCGGUACAACAUCCGCCACGUCUACGGCGACGUCGGAGGCGACUCCAACCGCCGCGGCGGUGGAUACAGCCCGUUCAGCUGUCAAAAGAUCUUAACCGAGCACCCGCCCGGUCCGGGCGAGGCCCACGGAUGCCCGUACCGCCACUUCAACCUGGAGAACCUUACGGCCCUGGUGCAGGCAAUGGGCGUGAGCGAUCGGGCUACGCUCAACGGAGUCAGGGAAGACAAGGAGAACCAAAAGUUUCACAUGGCGUGUAAUCGCGUGUUCGAGCACUUGCACAAGCAGGAACUCAAAAAGGCCAAGGACGAGGGCGUCUUCACGUCUGCACAACUCGAGACCAUCGUGCACCCCAACGAAUACUUCAAGCGUAGUUACCUUCUCAAGAACCUCAACAAGGCGGCGGACGUCAAGAUGGAGGGGUGA